AUGCGCCAAAAGCCCACGCUUCUCCUGCUGCUGGCGGUUGCUGCUUCUGCAUCCUAUGAAGUCGAGCAAAAUGACUCCUCCGUCAGCCCCAGGAAGGUCAGGCUGGCCACCCAAAACUCAGCGGAUGUGGUUCGAUGCCUGAAUAGUGCCCUCCAAGUGGGAUGUGGGGCUUUUGCCUGUCUGGAAAACUCUACGUGUGACACCGGCGGCAUGUAUGACAUCUGCAAAUCUUUCCUCUACAGCGCUGCUAAAUUUGACACUCAGGGGAAGGCCUUUGUAAAGGAGAGUCUGAAAUGCAUUGCCAACGGCAUCACAUCCAAGGUGUUCCUAGCCAUUCGACGGUGUUCCACAUUCCAGCGUAUGAUUUCGGAAGUGCAGGAAGAAUGUUAUAGCAAGCUGGACAUCUGUGGCAUUGCAAAAAUGAACCCAGAAGCCAUCACAGAAGUGGUCCAACUCCCAAACCAAUUCUCAAACAGGUAUUACAGCAAACUUGUGAGAAGUUUGCUGGAGUGUGGGGAAGAAACAGUCGGGACCAUUAAAGACAGUUUGAUGGCCAAAAUUGGACCAAACAUGGCCAGCCUCUUCCAUCUCCUGCAGACAGAUCGUUGCGCCCAGAUUCAUCCGAGAGCAGACUUCAAUCGGAGACGCAUCCCCGAGCCUCAAAAGUUAAAAAUCUAUUUGAGGAAUCUCCGGGGGGAGGGACCUUCACCAGCCCACGUGAAGAGUGAUUCUUCAGAAAGUGUGUAA